AUGGCUCGUAUCUCAAACCUGUUCGUGACGUGGCUGUCCGCCAGGAAUCUGCCUCUGUAUGAGGAAACUCAGCGGCUUCAUGAGAAAUACGGUGAUUAUGUGCGAUUGGGAAGCCCUUCGGAACUAUCAAUUGUCGAGCCCCGGGCUGUUCGGGAGCUCUAUAGCUCGCAGGCCCCGGUUUCAAAGGGGCCAUUUUACACCAUGUUCGAGCCGCCCAUUGCGCUCUUCACUGUGAGGGAUAAAGAGGUUAAUUCCCGUCGACAGAAAGCUUGGGAUCCGGCGUUUAAUUCAAAAUCCCUCUCUGAAUACGAACCACGAGUCUUAACAUACACCAUGCAAUUAAUGAGCGCCAUAGAAGAGCGAAUCGGACAGCACAUGAACGUUCAGGAGUGGUUCAACUAUUACUCCUUCGACGUGAUGGGUGAUAUUAGGUCUGCAUUGUAG